GGGGGUUGUGGGGAGAGGGAGUCCCGGGCCCCGGCGCCGUCAUGGCGGAGAAGCAGAAACAUGACGGUCGCGUCAAGAUCGGCCACUACGUCCUGGGGGACACCCUGGGGGUCGGCACCUUCGGCAAAGUCAAGAUUGGUGAGCACCAGCUGACGGGACACAAAGUCGCGGUCAAGAUCCUGAACAGGCAGAAGAUCCGCAAUCUGGAUGUCGUCGUCAAGAUCAAACGGGAAAUUCAGAACUUAAAGCUAUUCCGCCAUCCUCACAUCAUCAAAUUGUACCAGGUGAUCAGCACCCCAACCGACUUCUUCAUGGUGAUGGAGUACGUGUCCGGUGGUGAGCUCUUCGACUACAUCUGCAAAAACGGCCGGGUUCAGGAGACAGAAGCUUGUCGCCUCUUCCAGCAGAUCAUCUCAGGGGUAGAUUAUUGCCACAGACACAUGGUGGUCCAUCGCGACCUGAAGCCGGAGAACGUACUCCUAGAUGCCCACAUGAACGCCAAGAUCGCUGAUUUCGGGCUCUCUAACAUGAUGGCUGACGGCGAGUUUCUGCGCACCAGCUGUGGCUCGCCAAACUACGCUGCACCCGAGGUUAUCUCAGGCAGGCUGUACGCGGGGCCUGAGGUGGACAUCUGGAGCUGCGGUGUGAUCCUGUACGCCCUGCUGUGCGGGACACUGCCCUUUGACGACGAGCAUGUGCCCACUCUGUUCAAGAAGAUCCGCGGCGGCGUGUUUUACAUCCCCGAGUAUUUGAACCGCACGGUGGCCAACCUCCUGGUGCACAUGCUGCAGGUGGACCCCCUCAAGAGGGCCACCAUUAAGGAGAUCAGGGAGCACGAGUGGUUUAAACAGGACCUGCCCACCUACCUGUUCCCCGAGGACACGGCCUACGACUCCACCGUGAUCGACGACGAGGCGGUGAGGGAGGUGUGUGAGAAGUUCGAGUGCACGGAGUCGGAGGUGACCAACAGCCUGUACAGCGGCGACCCUCAGGACCAGCUCGGUGUGGCCUAUCACCUGAUCAUCGACAACCGCAGGAUCAUGAACCAGGCCAGCGAGUUCUACCUGGCUUCCAGCCCGCCCACCGGCUCCUUCAUGGACGACAGCAACCUGCACUUCAAACCCCACCCCGAGCGCAUGCCCCCGCUCAUGUCUGACAGCCCCAAAGCUCGCUGCCCGCUGGACGCCCUCAACACCACCAAACCCAAACCCAUGGCCCUGAAGAAAGCCAAGUGGCACCUGGGCAUCCGGAGCCAGAGCAAGCCCUGCGAUAUCAUGGCCGAGGUGUACCGAGCCAUGAGGCAGCUCGAUUACGAUUGGAAGGUGGUCAACCCCUACCAUCUGCGCGUGCGCAGGAAGAAUCCAGUGACGGGCAACUACGUGAAGAUGAGUUUGCAGCUGUACCAGGUGGACAACCGCAGCUACCUGUUGGAUUUCAAGAGCAUCGAUGACGAGGUGAUGGAGCAGAGGUCGGGCUCCUCUACCCCGCAGCGAUCGGGGUCAGCUGCCCUGCUGUACAGACCACGGCUGAGUAUCGACGCGGGGGCCAGCGAGAGCCUGCCCCUGUCCCUCCCGGCCUCGCUCAGCGGCUCCCUGACCGGCUGCCUGAGCCCCGCCAUCAGCCCCCGCAACGGCAGCCACACCAUGGACUUCUUCGAGAUGUGCGCCAGCCUCAUCACUACCCUGGCCCGCUGAUGGGGGUCUGGGCAGGUGGGGGUGGGAGGGCCGCUGUCCGUAUCACUGGUUUGCAUCAGGCAGAGAUCAGCUCCUCCACCAGACACUCCCCCACACCC